AUGGCCACCGAUUGCACCUGCCAGAGUAACUGCGGCGCUUGCGGCCCUACCGGUACCGGCUGCGCCUGCCCCAAAAACAAAUGCGACUGUCAGCAGUGCGUGAACGCGACACACUCAUCCAAGUGUUCAUGCAAUGGCUCCGGUGACGAUUGCCAGUGCACCAAACAAGGGAAGGCUUGCUCUUGCGGUUCAAACUAG